AUGAUCCCUGCUUUGAGGAUCAAAGGAAAUAUUUUAUCUGGUAAUAAGACAUAAUCAGAUCAUAUUUUAAAGACUGAAGUGUUAUCAAGAUUCGAAAUAUUAUUUUAACAUAAAAAUAAAGAUUCAAAGAGUAGUUAAGUAAGGUAUGUUUUUUAGUAAAAUAUAUUAUUAUAAAUGAAUCACUUUUGAAGUUCCUAAGUAAACUAUUAGAUUAAGAUAUUCUAGAAAUUAAAAAACAAAUAGUUUUUAUCUGACUAAUUCUGUUAUUAAUGCAGAAUUAGAUGACUGGAUCAUCUUGUUAUGUCACAUGAAUUUAUUAAAAAAUUAUCUAACCAUUUAGAUUCGAAUAAUAAAAUAAUAAUUUAAGGAAGUCUUUAGGGGAUUUUUGAAUUUAUAAAAGAGGUCAUAAUUAUAAAUCAUUUAGUUCAAUAUGAUGAAAAAUAAUUAAUUUCAAAAAAAUUGA